UGUAGGCAUCUUGACUUUGCUUAUGUUCAUGCACAAUAUUAUUUAAUAUAUUGAUAUUAAUUUUAAUGCUGGGAGCAGAAAUUUCUCUUGAAUUAGCACAGAUUCGGAAUGUAAACAAACAAGAUGGACGAUUUUUUUUUUUUUAUUACUAGCAUUGGCAACUAGGCCAUCAGCUCAAGCAUGAGAUACAAAAAUAACAUAAGUACAUAAUAAGUACUUUACUUAUAACUAACAAGAUGGACGAUCCACAUUCCACAGAUAAAACACAGAUUACACGCGAUUUUGGAAUUAUUCAAACACAGUGUUGCUAACCCACGAUUUUUCAAAUUUGCCGCGUUUUUCUACUGACAAGAUUUGCUUGACCAACUAUAAAUAACGUGUCUUGUGCAGAAAACGCAAAAAAAACAGCAAGGUUUUUUUUUUUGUUGAAUUUGUCCAAAACUUAUAAUAUAUAACAUUUUUGCUCCUUAUGAGCUUAUGACCUUAGGAAUGCGUGGUUAAAUUCUGUCGGGUUUUAUUAGCCCACGGUGUAUAAGUGGUCUAGUUGCCAUUAAUGCCGCCAUCAUCCUUGGUACAAUGCCACAAGGGCUUAUUUUAGAUUUAAGCUAGUUAUAGUAAUCCUCGGUAUAUAUCCAAUAAUAUGUAAAUUCGUUUUGUACAUACAUUUUGUACUUUCAUCAAAAGAUGAAAUUCAAAAAAAGAUUAUGAUUAUGAUAGGUAAAUGAAUAUUAUUAAGAUAUCACGAAUGACAAAGAUUUUCAUCCUAUGGCAACACUGUCAAUAAGUCAAGUCAAAGCAGCGUUGCCAGAUGGUCCUAAAAGGGACGGUUUUCCGUCCUUUUGAAUGCCACACCGUCCCUUUCCCGCCCCUUCCAAGCUACCGUCCCUUUUGGGCAUCAAGUGCCUAAAAUAAUUAAUUUCAAAGUGACAAACGACAAUUUACUUUGCUACAUGGUCGAUAAAUAUCUUCCAUCCACGGCGAAUAUCGAAUGUGUAGCAUUCGCUUAUAUAUAUAGUUUUAUAAAGCUUCAUAUCUCACUUUGUAGUAGCCUAUAGUGUUUGACAGGUGUACCAACAUCAGAAAUGUAACUUACGUAACAAAAAUAGUUUCCGCGUUUGUAUCUAAUCUACAUCUCGCUUUAGUUUAGUUUUAGUUUGUUUUGUUGUAGCCAUUAUUUGUGGUAACGUCGAGGACUGAAAACUUGAAAAGCGACUAGCGAGAGUCAGAGAAACACUGUGAUCAAGGUAAAGUUUAAAGUUUUCCAAAAUUAUUUUGUUUUAAAGCGUUCAUUCAGUUGAAAGUAUAGAAACUCCUACAACCAUUUGAUCGGUCGGUCAAAGAAACGGCAAACUUUGGUAACGCGGUGAAGGGUGAAUCCUAUUGUAUUUGUGUAAGUAUUAAAUUAAAUAAUUGUCUAUUUCUUCGUAAUUAUUUGGGUACAACUGCUAUAGUUUCAUUAUGUAGUUUGCAUUGGGAAUAUAGACUUUUAGUCUUACAGAGGAGAUGAUAAUCUCUGUCAUUAUCUCAGAAGAACAUAUCUAGAUUAUUUUGCGAGAGAAAACAAAGUUAACUAACAGUAUCUGAAUCAAAUACAUAGCCCAAAUAGCGACGUCGCUAGGUUCGACGGUACGUUUAUAAAAUGAAUAAGUAAAUGUGCCAGUUUAUAUUUUUUUCUCAGAUUUCGAUUGAUAUGAAAAUUGGUAGGUUCAGGCUUUCCCUUCUGAUCAGAAUAAACACGAAAUCUCAAUUAUGGACAAAAGAUAUGUAUGUAAGUUUCCCUUUAUUUACGGAAAUUCUAUACGUUUUCGCUAGAAUAUUUUUGAGGACACGGUGGCGCUCGAGUUGUACAGAUAACGGAACUCUAUAUAUCCAAAAACUUAAAUCAAAAUCUGAGAAGAAUGAGAAAAAAAACGAAAACAACAUUAAAUAUGGUCUAUAUUUAAUGUUGUUUUCAUUUUUUAUGUACUUAAAUGUAUGAAGAAAUAAAUAGGUAAAAUAGGUAAUAUGAAAUAAUUUUUUUUGCUCUGCCCAUGAAUCUAGUAUUAAGUAUGGAUUGGGCAUGAGUGGUGGGAAGAACUGACAGAACGGGAUAGUCUUAUGUAUCUUUCAGUGGAAGUAGCGAAAAAGCGAUAUUAUUGUUUGUCCAUGUCGCAGUCUCACAAUUUUUUAAAUUCCCCACCUUAAAUUGAGCAAGAUGAUUGGUUGAAUUAUUUGUUGCCCACCAUAUCCGACCAAUCAUCUUGCUGUGUUGCAUAUGUUCUGUCCCUCAUGGACGCACGCGUAUCACAUCUGUAGGAUCCUACCAUCUAUGGCUCUGCACAUCUACAAAUGCAUAACAUCAUAACUAUCAUAAGUAUCACAUAUUAACACACAUACACAUACAUAUUCAGUUAAAUACACAUUUGUUUUAAACAUAUAUUGAGAUACACUAACUAUGAUAAAAUAUUCCAAGUUCGUUUUCGUCCCAUUGUCAUAAAAACCGUCCCUUUUCAGAUUACACACCGUCCGAAAUUGGAGACAUGCGCUGGCAACACUGAGUCAAAGUUCAGGUUCACUAUUUUCAAGCGGAUUUGUGUUUUAGUUUUUACUCUUUUAUAAUUUAAUUAAAAUUAUAUAUUAAGUAAAACUUAAUUUUAGUUUUGGAAUAAGUGUUCUAGUGCCUUCAUUAUGUACGCUUUAAACAAAUGUCCUCAUAAAAACCUGUGUUUGAAAAGCAUAGCCCAAAGAAGUUAUGCCAGCAAAUCGAAAACAAUUCGAGAUGUUAAUUAUCAAUAUUUACAAAGAAGUAAGGUGCCUACAAUGCACUUCCAGAAAUCAUUACCGAGGCUACCCAUUCCUGAGUUGAACAAAAGCAUCGAGCGGUAUCUUAAGGCAUUGCGACCACUUUUAUCCGACGAUCAAUUUAGUGCUGCGUCCACUCGAACUAAUAACUUCAUUAGUAAUGAGGGCAAAGCGUUACAAGAGAAACUCGUAGCGAAAGAUAAGGCAAACAAGUACACAAGCUACAUUUCAGACUAUUGGUUUGAUAUCUACCUUCGGGAUCGCAAACCUCUACCAAUCAACUACAAUCCUCUAAUCGUUUUCCAAAAUGACACUAGACCAGAAUACAACAAUCAGUUGAUCCGUUCUACAAACCUGUUGAUAAGUGCUGUGAGAUUUAUGGAGUCUCUGAAGGCACAGAUAUUGGAACCAGAAGUGUUUCAUAUGAAUCCAAAGAAAAGUAAUACACCACUUUUUAGAACUCUUACAGGCUUAUUGCCUGAGGUGGUUUCAUGGUAUGGUGCUUACCUUUUCAAAGCAUUUCCUCUUGACAUGAGUCAAUUUCCGGGUUUAUUUGGAGCGACACGCAUCCCUCUGGAGAAUAAGGACAAGAUAUUCAGGGCAACAGACAGCAGGCAUGUGUUAGUGCAGCGGAGAGGAAACUUCUAUGCUUUUGAUGUGUUGGAUGCUGAUGGUAACAUCCUCGCACCAACAGAUAUACUAGCCAACCUUAAUAAAAUUAUUAAUGACAGUACUCCUGCAGCAGUGCACCCUCUAGGAGUCCUAACAUGCCAGAACAGAGAUGAGUGGGCCAAGCAAAGGGCCCACUUAGAGCAAACUGGAAACAAAGAAGUCCUAAAUAAAAUUGAUUCUGCCAUUUUCAACUUAGUGCUGGAUGAUGAAAUUAUUGGUGAUUCAAAACAUGCUCUAUUAAAGAGUUAUUUACAUGGAGAUGGUUUAAAUAGGUGGUUUGACAAGUCCUUCAGCCUUAUCAUCACCGGAGAUGGCGUGUCUGGCAUAAACUUCGAGCAUUCCUGGGGCGACGGUGUUGCAGUGCUCAGGUUCUUUGAAGACAUCUAUGCUGAGACCACAAAGAAGCCUUUUGUUCAUCCGGACACGAAGCCAGCGAGUAGCAACAUUAGUGUUAAAAAAUUAGAUUUCCAGUUGGACGAAAAAUCUAAACAGUUUGUUGACAAAGCUAAGAAGGAAUACAAAGAGUGGUAUGAAUCAUUAAGCAUUGACUACAUUUUGUACGAAGGCUUAACAAAAGGUGCUUGCAAGAAGUAUAAAGUCAGUCCUGAUUGUGUAAUGCAGCUCAGCUUCCAGGCUGCAUAUCACCUCCUUCAUGGUAAAUUCGUCGGUACCUAUGAAUCCUGUAGCACUUCGGCGUUUAAGCACGGCAGGACGGAGACCAUGAGGCCUUGCACUGAAAAAACGAAGGCAUUCUGCGAAGCCCUUCACUUAAACAAGACCUCACAAGGAGAGCUCAGCGCAAUGAUGCAAGAAUGCUCCAAAUAUCACUCCGAGCUAAUAAAAGACGCAGCUAUGGGCCAAGGGUUUGACCGUCAUAUGUUCGCGCUCAUGAAGAUAGCUGAGGAAUAUAACCUGCCGCGGCCUGAGCUCUUUGAUUCUUAUGAAUAUACUUUCCUGAACAAAUCGAUACUAAGUACGAGUACGCUGUCGUCGCCUUCAGUUAUGGGUGGAGGUUUUGGACCGGUGGCUACAGAAGGAUUUGGUAUAGGGUAUUCAGCCUUCCCCGACAAGUUAGGCGCAGCGGUCACCAGCUACAAAUCUCACAACAACAGCACCGAGUUCGUGCAGGCCUUACACCAGUCCUUUGAAGAUAUCACUAAAAUUAUAUCUACAUGAUAACGCUUUAAAGGCGAAAGCUUAUUGCGGCGCACAAUACCUGGUGUUUUUUCUUAGCCUAGGUGAACGUAAUAUACUUAUAGGUCAUACAUCAACUUUUAUUAUGGGAAAGACUCCGAAAUCGCGAAAAAUAAGUGGCUGUUUCAAACAUUUUAGCUGAUUCGCAUGUUUUCUAUGAGAGAGCCUAUAUGUUUUUCUAUGAUUUUUUUCGGGGUUGGUUCCAUAGUAAUCGUUCAUAUAUACAUCGCGAAAUUUCAUAUAAUAUAAAUACAGUUUCCAUUAAUAUUUAAUUAUUUAUAUAAUAGUCACGAAAAUGGUAUGUGCACAGCUUGGCAGGUUUUAAGACCAUUCAGCGUCAUGGAGGGCAAAUUACAAUUUGGCUAAGGGUUAAUAAAACACCUAAUGAAUGGCUAAGUUAGUAAAUGGCAUGCGGGUCUUAAAGCCGCUAGACAUGGCUAAAUUUAAAAUGCUAAAAUUAGGGUUUAACCGAAUAACUUUUGUCUGUUGAAUCUGUCGAUAAAGCACGCGCCCUUUAACGCGUGUAUGCCAAACGCAUACGAUGCGAUGUAACUCUUUAUUCACUUUGCUGGCUACUGUCAUAGGGUUGAUAAAUGAUUAAUAGUAUCCAUGGCCUUUUUUAUGCCUCCUCUAUAAUGUAAUACUUUGCUGUUUAAAAUACGAUAAUGAAUAGAUACUUAAACAUCCAUGAAGUUCAUCCAACUGACGGAGGAUGUGACUUACAUGCUCUCUUUACUGAUGUUUUUUUUUUCAUUAAAAUUUAGACAUGUCUAAAAGAUCCGUAAAUUCGCCUAGGGAGGCUUUCCUACUCAUAUGGAGGAAACAAAUUAUUGACCAUUUCGCCUUUUUGUACUUGUUUAUAUAACACGCAAUGGGAUGCUUUUAAAUGUUUGAUACUCGUAGUUGGAUAUUUAUUUGGAUUUUGCUACAGGUAUAUAAGUAGGAGCCCAUAAAGACCCCGUCUGUAUAGACAGUGCUAAGGGUGAGCGUCCAAUGAUGAGAAGUAGCGGAGCGUUUCUAUUGGCUAAUUUUCUCCCACAUCGAUCCCUCACACAGCUCUGUUGGAUACAAACUCUUAGAGUGCGCUUACACUGGGUCGUCUAAUAUCGGCCGUCGAAGUCAAGUAAGGUGUUAUUCACAUUUGAUAUGGAUCCGCACGCAGUUCCAGUUUGAACUUAAAGUGAGACAUCACUUUAUACGCUGUUUCGCUCGCACACCAAAACGGAGUCCGCAUCAGGGUGAUGACCGCGUUAACAUGCAUUUAAUAUCUAAACAUUUGAAUCUAAAAUAUAAGAUUUAGAUUGAUGGUUACAUGUCAUAUGGGACAAUCUAUACUUAGUCGAUUCUGCUCAGCUUACCUCAGUGCCUUACAAUGCAAAUAGUAUAAGAAUAGGAUAAUUUAAUUUGAUAAAGAUCACUAUUUAUUUAUCUACACAAAUUUGUUAACCUAAGUAAAACAAUAUAUUUUAAAUAUUUUUUUACUAUUUAUAAGGGUAGGUAAUUUGAAAAGGCAUUUUGUAUUCACAUUUAACUGGCCUUAUUUCGUUUUAAGACUCGUAAGGUUCAUGAAUAGUCACAACUGUCUCGACGAUGGAAGAUAAUUUGAUAUCAAAGUGAAUAGUUAGAUCACUAAAUCUUUUCUUGGUAUCUCAUAUUUUACCCUUUGACUGCCAAAGACGCCACUUUACGCGCGCGGCUUCAGCCCAAUAUCAACCUUAAUUGUAUUUCGACAAGGUUCACGAUAACGCACCGCGCACGAUAGGCGUGGCGUUCAAAGGGUGUUUUUUACUUUGUCUUUGUAUAUAUUGUCAUAUUGAUAUUAGGUUCUGAUAAAUAAAUAAUAUAUUUCA